CAAUGUCGACACGUCCUUCAGUGACAAUGUCCGAAAAACACUCUCAUGGCUCAGAGGAGGAUGUCAAGGCCGAAAUCCUUCAAGCCGAACAACACUCUCCUCAUACUCGUGGCGAGCCCACCGGCUCCUGGCUCGCUGAGGAGAAGAAGUUGGUGCGCAAGCUAGACAGGCGUAUCUUGCCCAUGGCGUGCCUCCUUUACCUCUUCGCUUAUCUUGACCGAACCAACCUUGGCAAUGCAAGGUUACAGGGUCUGGAAACAGACGCACUCGGUGGGGAUAAGACCGGGAUUCUAUUCGACUGGGUCUCCUCUGCGUUCUUCUUCUCUUACAUUCUCCUCCAGAUUCCCGCGACAAUCGUGUCGAAGUUGUUCCCCCCGCGUGUUUGGCUGGCUUGUGCAGCUAUAGGCUGGGGAGUCGCUUCAACUUUGAUGUCGACAUGUUUCAAUUUUGCUGGACUGAUGACCACAAGAGUCUUCCUGGGUGUCUUCGAGGCGGGCUUCGGACCAGCCAUACCCGUGUAUUUCUCUUUGUUCUACACCAAAAGUGAAAUGGGACUCCGGAUGGCUUACUGGUUCGGUUUCGCGGCUGUGGCUGGUGCCUUUGGAGGUAUCGUGGCCUUCGGCAUUGGAGUGGCGCACGCUAGUGUCGCCAAUUGGCGUCUGCUUUUCAUCGUAGAGGGUCUUCCCGCAAUUGCACUCGGGGUCGCCACUCUAUUCCUACUGCCGAAUAGGCCCGAAAACACAAGUUAUCUGAAUGAACGGGAACGGGAACUCGCAUUGGCUCGAGUCAAUCGCGCCACCAGCUCAGACGUCGGACAAACUGUCAACAAAGCUCAUAUUGGCCUUGCUUUUCGUGAUUGGAGGAUAUACCUCGGUGGAGUCAUCUACUUUGGCUUGAACGCGUCUCUGGCGUCUACGUCCGCCUUUCUACCAACCAUCAACCAGUCAUUCGGUUACUCUCCCGCUAAGUCACAACUGAUGACCGUCCCACCCUACGCCGUAGCUGCCGUUGUCUUGACUGCUUUGUCGGCUUUCUCGGAUCGUCUACAAAGUCGAGGCAUUUUCAUGAUGAUCUCCACCGCAAUCGGAGGAGUGGGUUACCUCAUACUUCUUGUGGUGCCUACAAACAUCUCUGCGCGAUAUUUCGCAACAUUCUGUAUCACAAGUGGAACAUACACCGCCAUUGCAAUUAUUAUCGCCUGGUUCGCCCAUAAUCUUGGAUCUGAAACGAAGAAAGCCACUGGUAUACCGAUGUUCAUGGCGAUCGGUCAGUGCGGCAGUGUCCUUGGAUCCCAUCUGCUACCCAAAAUUGAAGGGCCAAGAUAUAUUAAAGGAUUUGCUGUUUGCUGCGCGCUAGAGUUCGUCGCGACCCUUUGCUCCUUCAUACUCACAAUAUCAUAUCGUAUGGAAAAUGCUCGCCGUAACAAAAAUUAUGGUGUUCCAAGUGCUGAGGAGCGGGUAGACGUCAGCGAAUUGGCUGACAAGGCUCCCACUUUCCGUUACAUUCCAUGAAAGGAUGAAGACAGGAGACGGGAUAUUGAAUAACACAAGUAUAUGACUUGUGAUUGUAUUCCAACAGGCAGUUUAGUUAUCAUAUAAUAAUAUUCAUGUUCUAUCGCCA